AUGUCUUCACCAACCUUUACUUUGAUUGAUGAGAAUCCACAAAAAACCAUCGAUGAAGUUCUCAUUGAACAACAAAGCCACAGUGAAAGAUUAUUGGACAAACCAAUGGAAAAGGGAUUUUCCUUUAAAUUUGAUUAUGUUGCAACCAUCGGAAAAACUGGACAUGAAGGAAAUGGACACGAUGAAUUUAAUAGACCAGACGAUGUGAUCAUUACAAGAGAUAGAUAUUUAAUUGUUGCAGAUAAAGAAAAUGAAAGAUUGCAAGUUUUUAUUGAAGAUUAUUCAUUAAUUUGGAAAUAUUUCACAACCAUCAAAACUCCUCAAGUGAAACCAUACUGUUUAGAAUUGAAAGAAAGUGAAAGUGGAGAAGAAACUUUAUGGGUCUUGGGUGAUCAUUCAAAUCAACAAGUGUUGAAAUUUUCAAACAUUUCACAAUUCAUUUCUGAUAUUAACAAUGGAAAGGAAACUAAACCAGAACAAGUUGAUAAAAAAACUAGCGGAUCAUUUGUUAAUUUCCAAUUUUCAAUCACAACAGAUAAAUUUAAAGGUUGGUCAAUUCGUUCAGAACCAUACGAACAUGAAUUGGAAGUUUAUGGAGCUGAUUUUGAGAUGGUUUUUAAAUAUGCUAAGGAUAAAGGAAGUGGUCCUGGAAAUGAUCAAUUAUAUGUUCCAUGUGGAUCAUGUAUUGAUUAUAAACAUGGACACUUUUUGAUUUGGUGA